AUGAAAUCACUGUCUGGCCUUGAAGAAUUCUUCUACUAUAGGAGCAAGCAAGGUCUUCAUUCUUGCUUCGUUGUGGCAAUCACGCUCAACAAAAGCCCCACGCGGAGCGAAAUUGUACAAGCAGUCAGAGCAGUUGUCCCUGAAUAUCCUCAGCUUUAUUCAGAUGUGGUUACAAGAAACGGCUCUUUAGUACUAGAACCUCUCCAGAGCACUUUAGUGCUCAGCGAUGUGGUCGAAUUCACCGAGAUGGAGUCUUUGGACGAAGAACAUAGCAACAAGAUAUUCAAAGAGGUGACGUUUGUCUAUGGAGCCGAGAAGCCUCUGUGGAAAGUGCUGAUACUGAAAGACCAACGCACUUUCGUGUUGUGCAGUGACCAUCUAAUUCUCGACGGGCUGUCUGCCACUGUAUUCUGGGGAAGUUUCAUGAGAUCAUUGAACGCCUCGCACGCGGACAGCACCUUUCCGGACGAAGUUGUAUUUAAGCCGUCUCCCAACAUUGCGCAUGUCCCUCAGCAUCCAUACAGCCGGAUACCAGUGUCGAUUUCUGGACUGCUUCUGAGAAUUGUAGUACGCAUUCUGGUCCUCAUAUCGCUUUUGGGAAUAGACCUAAUUGGCCCUGUUUUCGUACCCGAACUGGGCUCAGAGGACUUCAAGUUCCUCCACUACAGAUUUCCGGACGGCUUGCUGACCUCGGACGGGUCGGUGCGAAACGACAAUUGCCAAUUAAAGAUCAAGGUCCCACCUAACAACCUGCGCGCGCUCCUUCGCAGAUGCAAAGAGAAGAAGGUUUCACUGUCAGUCUUCCUUCUGGCCGUUAUUGCUCAUUCCUUAAAACUGGUUGGCACCGACUGUGUUGAGGGAUCGCGCAUCAAGGCGUCCGUUCCCAUGAAUGCUCGGCCCCUAAUACAGGAGAUAUUGUCUAUGAAGCCAGAAGCUGUAGAGAUUGGCAACUUUAUUACUGGAGCUACACUCGAGUACGACCGGACAAGCGGUGGCGACAUCUGGCAAACUGCCACAAAAUUCCGCGAGGACUUAUUGUCACAAAAGAACAGCAGAAGCUCAAUCGAGAGCGCCAAGCUGUUAGAACUGGUCGACGUUGAGGCAUUUGUAGAAAGAAAGAAGAAUGCGAGGUAUCCUGACUCAACUUUCGAGGUUACCAACCUAGGAUUUCAGUCCUUUGACUGCGGUGAAGACGACCGGUACUAUGUUCAGGAUUCCAUCUUCAACAAUCCUCAAGGCCUUGGUGACGUGCUUUCAUGUGGUUGUGUGGCGACGCCAGUGGGGGGAUUGAACUGUAGCAUCAACUUCCCAAAAGUACUCUCGUCGGAACUGAGAGCAUCAAUAGAGUACAUCGAACGCACAUUGGGUUCUUUAAGCUCCACGGGCUCGCCUUGA